AUGCCACAUCAACAAGAGACCACUCCACCGGUGCUUGGCAGCUUCGGCUGUCUCCCGCUGGAGAUCAACAUCUACAUCAUGGAGUCACUUACCGUCCAUGACUUGCUCUCUCUCACUAGAGCUUCUCCUGCAGCCAGGCGGUAUUUUAAAAAAGACUAUGCCUUUAUCAUCCGGUCACAUAUUGCACGUUUCUAUGAUCACUAUGCCGAUCCGGCAGCUAUCCCACUACUUAGACUUCUCGCCCGUCUUCGAUUACUACGGUCACAGGUCAAGGGGCAAUCUAGAGACGUGGUUGAGAGCCACCUCAAGCCUGUCUUUGACUCAAUCCCUUCUCUGCACUUUAUGGAGAUACCGUUAGGAUGGGAGUCAAACCUGCCUGUAAUGGCAACAAAUAUGAUUCCUGAAUUGAGAGAGGUAUUCUUUAGGUGGCGUGGUCACCGGCAGAACAGUUCUCCAAAGGAGCUCGACAAGGUACCUUACUGGGGGAAAUGGAGAUUUACUGAAUCCUUCCUACGGUUUGAAUGUUUCUGCUGCAUCUUCUAUCACCCUGACAGAUUUUUGUCUCAAGAUAUGUGGAACUUGAGAACUAUCUUUCUCGGGCCCUUGAUGGCAGGUGAAGAAGCUCUUGUUCCAAUCGAUCUUGCGCCGUCAUAUAGACGAACGGUUCACGGCCGUGGGCCAUAUAAGUGGAUGACCUGGGACCCCUAUGAGGUCACGAGGUUUGACUUCAAAGCUCCAUAUAAAUUCACACAUUGGUUUGAUGAGCUCAUCACGUCUGUGGACAUAUCACUUCGUGAAAAGCAAACCAGGACCACAAGUCGUCGCAAGAAAUCACCUCUUACCACAGAACAGUCUGAAAUCUGUGACUUUCUCAAGAGGAAACGGAGUGAGGAUAAACAUUUUUGCUUUCACCUUGCCUUACAAGGCAAUAUGCUUCUGACUCGUCUUUUAUGCCUCAAGACCGAAGCCUUGGAGGAUUACAUCGUUGAGGCAUAUGCUUCUGUGGUCGCUUCCCAGCCCGACCGCAAAAUGGCACACCAUCCCGACUUGGAUGAAAUGUUACAUAUCGCGCGGAAGUGGAAGUUUCAGUGA